AUGUAUUCUCCUCCACAACAGCAAGACUACAAGAUUGAUGCUGAGCAUUUCCAGCAUUCUGUCGAUACACAUACUACAGUCGGAGCCGUACCUGUCGUACGAAACAAUCGGUUAUUCAAUCCUUCCUAUCAACAGCAGCUUCAUCAACGUCAAAACUCUUUUGGUACAGUCGCUUCUGCCAUCACCAUGUCGCCUCCAAACCGUGCAGGCGGCAUGGCAUUCAGCGAGAACAACUCUCAAAACUGGUUUGGUACAAGCCUGGACUCAAAUGGCUCGUCGUUCGGUCAAUCUCCCAUAUUUAGCGGUAGAGACUUGAUUGUAUCUCCAUCCACAUCCAGUGGACAUUUGGAUUUGAUGGGCAAUGCGAGCAAUACAAAUACAAAUGGCGAUGAUGAUGAGAGUCAGCAAAGAAACCUGCAAGAUAUGUUUGAGAAACGUCGCCGACGAAGAGAAUCUCAUAAUGCCGUAGAGAGACGAAGAAGGGACAACAUCAAUGAGCGUAUCCAUGAGCUAUGCACUCUUUUACCAGAGAAAUUGCUUGAUUCGGCCCCUACAAGCUCAAAUGUAAUGUCAGUGUCCAGCGGCCAAGUGGGCGCUAAUGGAAGGGCCGUCAACAAGGGAACUAUUCUGAAACUCUCUGUCGAUCAUAUUAAGGAGCUCCGUGAAGAUGUGAAUAGGUACCAAGAGAGAAUUAGAGAGUUGGAGCAUAUGAUUGAAUGCGCAAAGAGAGGUGAGAUGAUAAUCGAUCCCAAAGCAAAUUUACAGAACAACAACGCAUUCGAUACUGAUCGUAAUGCGCAAAGAGGAGGCCAUCAAAGAGUGGGUUCGAUACAAUUUCGACAGCAAUUCAACAAUUUACAGCUUGGCCCUGAAUAA